CUCGUGCCAGCAGCCGAUGGCCUUUCCAAGCUGGGAAUUGAACUUCGCCAAUUUCACAAACAAGCCUCAAUUGAUCCGGAAACAAUCACGAUCGGAAUCCUCUCCCCACGCGACCACAGCUGCGGAAUCAACCAGUCAGCAUGUUGUCUCUGCGUCGAGGAACCGCCGUACUGGCGCGGCAGUCACGCACUGCAUUGCGUCCCCGGCAAACACGAUCAUACGCCUCCGACCACACCCACCACAACGGACCUGCCCCAGUCGAAGAGGGCAUGGGCACCUUCUUCUAUGUCCUCUUCGGUGCUGUCCCCAUCUCCACCGGCCUCUAUUACGCCACCCGCCCGGGACCGAAUGGAGAGCCAUCGAGCAUCACCACUGCCAUUGAUCGCUGGUCGGACUUGCAGAACACAUGGGAAGAGCGCAACAGCCGACACACCGAUCUCAUUGAGCAGGCUGCCCAUGACAAAAACCUUUUCUACAACUGCGAGAGGAACACUCAUGUCGAGCUCAAGUAUCCCGAGAUGUUUCAACAAGGCUCGCCAUAUUCAGUGCCGGCAGGGCACUACGUCAACCUAGACAAGGUUGUGGACCACUACAGGCAGAAGCAUGUCAACGAGGAGGAGGCUAAAGCAAGUAAGCUGGCGGCCAAGAAGGCGGAAUAAGUUGCAGCAUCUGUACGAUACUACGCAAUUGCUUGCAACAUAGAGCUUUUUUUUUGUCAGGCCUUGAUCGGCGCUUGCGCACCUAGCCGUGCAAUUUAUUCAGUGUUGCAUCCCGUGCGCCUGGCCCAUGACCAUGCGCGCCAUGUCAACCCCCAUGGGCCAACUACGGCCGUUGAUGUAUGCUGUUAGAUUGAGAUGUUUGGGCUAUCAGGAUCACAUUGAGCUCCCAGCGUAAUCGAUAUUUUGGCUCGAGAAGAGCUGUGACUUUCGAACCUAAGCUGCAAUCUAACAUAUACAUAUCCUAACCCGA